AUGCAACACCUUUCUGACUCCAAAUCGCAUCUGAGCAUGCCCCGGUCCCCUCCAGCAGCUGACUCAUACCAGCAGGGCUGCAUCAGGAUGACCCUGGAGAACGCUGAUCUCUGGAAGUCCUUUCACAACAUCGGAACAGAGAUGAUUAUAACAAAGCAUGGAAGGAGAAUGUUUCCACACUGCAGCAUCAGCCUAUCUGGCCUCCAACCUUUUGCCAACUAUGUAAUAAUGAUGGACAUGGUCCCUGCAGACAGCUUCAAAUACAAGUGGAAAAAGGAGCAGUGGGAGGUCGCGGGGAAGGCAGAGCCCCAGCCCCCCUGUCGGACAUUCAUGCACCCAGACUCCCCUGCCCCAGGAAGUCACUGGAUGAAGCAGCCGUUGUCUUUUCUCAGGAUGAAGCUCACCAACAACACAUUGGACCAACAUGGCCAUAUCAUCCUACACUCCAUGCAUCGCUACUACCCAAGGUUUCAUGUUACCCAGGCCGAUAGUCCUUACACUAUCUGCUGGGCCCCAUUUCAGACCUUCUCCUUCCCAGAGACAACCUUCACUGCAGUAACCGCCUACCAAAAUCCAAGGAUCACCAAAUUGAAGAUCGACCACAACCCCUUCGCUAAGGGAUUCAGGGAGGGAGGCACCCAUUCCCACAAAAGGUGUCGUUCAAGUAGAAGCCCUUCUCCAAAAAGAGUGGCACUGGACAGGAACACUCUUUGCAAUAGCCCUCCAGGCCUGCAGAGGAUGCCCUUGACCUCUCAGUCAGUGGAGGCAGAGAGGGAUCAGGCUUCCACACAGCAGCCACUAAAGGGGGGUGACCUUUCAGCCUUGGCUCAGGAUCAGGACCCAUCCGUGAGUCUACAAACUGAGCCCCUGGAGCUGCAAGAUUAUGAUUACAGCUGUGAAGAACAGAUGGUGCCUGCAUCCAUGCUGUACCAGCCCUACAGAUCUAUUGAGUACACCAGAUAUCCACUUUCCUCCAAUGACGAUGCAGCCCACACCCUCGUCCAACCUCCAUCUCAUUCACUUGCCACAGCUGAACAAAACACUCAACAACAUGGCUACUACCACCAUCCUCACCACCACGGCCAUGCAGCGGAUUGGAGCCAAUACCCACUCUUUUCCUACUCCUGUUGGUGA